GUUGGAGAGACUGAUGGAGGACGGGGAAGAUCCGCGUACGGGGCAAGCGUACGUGGAACGGUUGAAAAGUCGGGCGAAACGCGCGGCGACCGUUGCCGCUCUCGAGACGCGUACGCAAAAGACGUUCUUGCGGGAGCUUUGGGAACGAAUGGAAAAAAAGCAGGAUCGGGCGUUCGACGAAGCGAUCGCGAGACGCAGCUUGGAUCAAUCGCGAUACGAGAAGCAGAUGGUGAGCAAGUUGUGCGAGGUGCGCGAGCAAAAGAACGCGAUGGCUGAAAAUCGAAGGAUCGUCGAGCACAUGACGCUGAAGGCGAGCGAACUCGAGCAUCGGGCUAGUAUAGAGCUGGAGAAGGACGUCGCGUCCAAGAGGCAAAAGGACGCGGAGAUCGAGUGCGAGAGGAUGUGCGAGCUUCGACGAAGGCUCGUCGAGGAGAAGAUUCGAAAGAUAAAGACGAAUCACUACGUUAUGUGUCUCCGAGUGGUACAAGAUCUGAUGAGCGUCGCGUUGAACGUCGGCGAGUAUCGACGAGUGAACGACGGGAACGUCUCGCAGUCGCUUCUCGACGAAUGGAAAAAGAUGUUUGUCGAGCAACAGCCGAUCGUCGACGAGACGUUCGAGAAGCUCGACGAAUCGGAGGAAGACCGAGAUUCGGAGUAUCGAGAAUGGUGCGCGAGCAUCGAGAGAGCCGAGGCGCUUCGCGAUAUCCUUCUCGAGGAUUAUCUGCAGGUGAAUCCGCCGUGGAGGGAGUUCAGCCUGAUGCUCGACGAGGAGGAACGCGAAACGUACGAGCUCGGUCGCGUGGUACUCGGUUACGCGGUGCAUCGUCUCUUGAACGCUCUCUACCCUCGGCCGCCGAACCGCGCGCAACAUUUGCUCUCGAAAUUUAAAAGCGCCGCGAUUCUGCUCGGCGUCGCCGACUCGGAGCUGCAUCGAUCGAUUCGAACGCUGCUCGAGAGGAACGGAGUUCACUUGGUGCGGAUCGAGGACGCGAUCAACUACUGUCUCGGCAGGUACAAGGACGAGAUGUCGGACGUAGAGUACAUCGAUUCGAGGGUGAUCGCCGCGACCGGCGAGGCAGCGAGAAAGUUUCGCGAGUACCUCUCGGACCGAAUGUCGACGACCUCGAAGGCGAAAAGCGGAUCAUCGCGAACACGGACGGACGAGAAGGACUCGAGAACGCGACAGGACAAGGAGACGCAAACGCCGCGAGAGUUACCGUACGACGAUCUGCAUCCGGUGCUCACCGACGCCGCUUAUAUCGGUAAGUGGGUGUACGAGUUUCUCGUGUUGGGCGAACCGAUCAGCGACCAACUGCUCACCAAGGUUCUCGUCGAGUAUCUGAAGAGCGUGACGGACGCGAAACGCUGGGCCCUGAUCGAUUAUCCGAACACGUACGAGCAAAUGUCUUUGUUGGAAGCGGCCCUGACGGGCGUAGCGCCGCCACCCGACCCGAAGCAGCUCGAUUUCCGGGACGUGACGAUCGAGGAGAUCGAGUCGGUGCCAAAGAGGAUCGUUUUCGAGGACGAGGAAGAUCCGUUCGCGCCGAAAAGACGAUCGAAACUGGUGCCCGAUCCGGUGGUUAACCGAGACACGAGCAACGUCGCCAAGUCCACGUUCGUCGACUUGUUCGUCAGAGUGGCGGCGAAACCGAAGAAUUUCCGACCGGAUUGUUCGUACGAAUCGGUGAGUAAGAGCGCGUCGUCGAUCGAUAGGUUUUACGCUUCUCGCAAACGCGCGAACGCGUACGCGCUCUAUUAUUCGAGCUUGGACUCGGACGCGCUGAAGAGACUGGCACGGUUAGUGAUCGGCGAACCGCUGCAAGGAAAACCGUCCGAGGAGUUGUUCGGCGACGCGUUGAAAGAGCUAGAGGCCGAUACGGGACAGCGGACGGUCGGCGUUUCCAGGGCGCCGGUGGUUCGACGUCUUUUGGACGAGGCCGAUGCGCUCGAGGCGGAUUACGAGGACGAACGGCUCUCGAUCGACUAUUUCCGACCGGACUGGACGAUCGAGCCAGGCGAAGCUAGACCCGGUGAUCCUAACUGGCAGUGGGUCGAUUUUCCGUUGGCCGCCGGUCUCUUGGAAAAUUUGGCCAACGUAUGGGAGAAGAUGGAAAUCGCGUAUACGGAGAGCGUCAGGGAGAUGCUGUACCUGAAGAGCGUUCGCGUGGCGCGAAUCGUUCCGUAUCGAGACAUCGUCGGCAGAAACAUGAACGAUUUCGUUAGACGACCGGACAAAAAGCAGGAUCUGUUGUACGAUUUUCACAAAGCUUUCAACGCCAUCGACCCGGACGCUCGUCACGACGCGGACGUCAAGUGCGAGCUGCAUCGACGCGUGGCCGAUUUUCAAGCGACGCUCUGGGACAUUUGCGACGAGAGGAAACGAGAAGCGGAAACGGAAAGAAGGCGGUUGAUCGACGAUGGCUGGACCGUCCUCGAGGCCUCGAUUCUGCACAACGUUUUCGUGGGUCUCGUACAGGCCGAACUGGAUCGUUUCGUCGACACGAUGCGCUUCGUGGAGGAUUAUUACUUGGGUAUGCUGAAGAAACCGCUGGCGGAUACCACGAGCCCGAAGCACGUCUUGAACAGGAUAGAGGCGGACCCGAGCGAACCGCUGCGAUUCGAGGAACGACCCGCGCCAGAAGGGUCCCGAGAGAAUAUCGAGCGAAUCGAUCGAAAGAGCGAACGAUCCGGAAGGAAGACGACGACGACGAUCGAGGCACCGCCGCCUGCCGUCGACCGNNNNGUCGACCGCGAGCUUCUUCGCCGGCAGAUCGACGACGCGUUGAUCGACGAAAAGAAUCGAUUUCGAGAGGCGGAGGACUGUUGCGCGUUCCGGGGGAUCUUGGAGAACGCGCGUUACGCGAGAAGCGUCGUCGACGCGUUGUCCGCGACGGCGAACGAACUCGUAAAGAGGGAGCGACUAGGCAAACAUACGCUCACCGAUUCGGACGAUUCGAUCGUCGCGAGGAUGGCCACGAGGGGCGAAGAUCUCCUCUCGGAAUGGAAGUACGCGGUCGCGUUCGAGACGAAUCGGGUUCGUUCGAUGCUCGACUCCGUGAUCGGCGUGGCCCGAAUCGACUUGCUCUUUCUGUUGGACACCGCGCAGCGGACUUUCGGCGAUAUUCACGACGCCAUCGUGGGCAGGUUGCGCGCGUUCUUUCGCCGGAAUCGGUAACGAGUGUCCGGCCAAAGAUC